AUGUGGAAGCCCCUCGAGCACCGCAAAUUCGCCAACCCCGCGCCUCUUGGCCUCUGUGCCUUUGCUCUGACGACGUUUGUCCUGUCUUGCGUCAACCUUCAGGCGCGUGGCGUCAAGGCGCCCAACAUUGCCGUUCCCCUGGCUUUUGCCUAUGGCGGUCUCGUCCAGCUACUCGCUGGCAUGUGGGAAAUGGCCGUUGGCAACACCUUUGGCGCCACUGCACUCUCAUCUUACGGCGGCUUCUGGAUUGCAUAUGGUAUUCUCCUGACGCCUGCAUGGGGCAUCACCGCCCCCGACGGCCCCUAUGCCGCUGAUUACUCGGACCACUAUUCUGCCGUCGGAUUCUUCCUGACUGGCUGGUUCAUCUUCACAACGAUCCUCCUACUGUGUACCCUCAAGUCUACCGUCGCUUUCUUCUCCUUGUUCUUUACUCUGGACAUUGCUUUCCUCUUCUUGGCUUGCGAGAACUAUGCCUUGAAUGCUGGCAACGAGACGACUGCUCGCCACCUGCAGAUUGUCGGUGGUACAUUUGGUAUGCUGGCUGCGUUCUUGGCGUGGUACAAUGCACUGGCAGGUCUGCAAGACGACGGCAACAGCUUCUUCCGCGUACCAGUCAUUCACAUGCCGUGGUCGGAGAAGGGCAAGGAGAUUCGCCGCACCAAGAGCGGGCGCACCAUGGACUAG